UGUGAUUCAACUAUUAUUUCGUUUUGGAGUGUUGGAAUUCCGAAACGUUUCGGACGUGUCGACACGACAUUUUGAUUCUUGUACACAACCAUUUCUUCACAACUUUUAUUACUGAAAAUAGCCCUCCUCUCUAUAGUGGCAGCUGCAAUGAUCAAUGCCAAGGUAUGGGUUUAUACUAAUUGAUAAGACACAAAAGUGAUUGGGUGAACCCAGUAAAUAUUUGAGAAGUUUAGAAAAUAGUUAUACAUGAUUUAAGAUUGAAAUAUGAGGGUGGACCUAGGACUCCCUGGUCCUUGUUUCAGGGUGGUGUAGGCCUCAUUAGCAGGUGUAGAAAUAUGGAUAAAGCAUACCUUUUACCGUGUUGCAUGACAUGUAAGCCUCAUGGGACUUUUGCCUACGUUAAGGACUCAGAAUGGUCUUUGGCUGCCUCGCCUUAAGUCAAGUAUUGGUUUUGGAUGCUUGUGCUACCAUGAAGAAGCCAUGUUUGCAAUGUGAAAGUUUCAACAAUGAUCGCUAUUUUUUUGAGUUGAUUUAAUAGGGUGCUUCUUCCUCGUCCUACUCCUCCUAUUCUUUUUUCCUCCCUUCCCUCCCGCAGGAAUCCUUGCUAUCAUUGAUUAUCACCUAAGAAUCUCCAGAGGUAUUCCAAUGGUUUGUGUGAGCAGGACUUCCUAGUGUUUGACUCUGUGGUUUCUUGUUUUAAAUUGUAGCACAUCGGUAUUCAUCCAGUUAGGUGAGUUUAACUGCUAUAUAUUCUUCUACCGUGGUGGUCUGCCCCUGUUCUAGCUCUUGUAUAUGUUUGUUUGGGUCUAGUUUACCUUUUAAUUCUUUCCUUUUACACAGAAGAUGUGCUACAAACUGAUCUGAAACCCAUAAGUAACUACAAUAAUUAUGUCAGUCUCUGAUGCGAGAAGAUCACCAUUAAAGGAUGCUUAAUUAGGAAUGCCUUUCUAGAUAUCCCUUGCAAACUUUUUUUCUUCCUUAAUUAGAGUCAGCGCUACAAUUUUUCAAAUGUAGAAAAAGAUGCUGAUAAUUUACCCUUUCCCAUGCAGCUGAAGAGGGAAUUGCUUAUUUUAACAGUGGGUAUUGGAACUGCAUGCAGUGGAUAUUGUCUGGUAGUUAUAUCACUCCAGGCUGCUGUCAGUUAUGCGGCAGGAGUUAUGUUCAGAAUUGGCAUAAGAAGCCAGGAUCUCGAGGAUCUGGUCGAGAAAUUGGUCAAGGGUAGUAGCAUUGCUCUUUCAUCAUCGAGACUUGUGAUCCCUGCUGUGAUAUAUGGAUUCUGGGAACUGUCUCAACAUUUUGCCAAUGAUUUCUUUGAUUUUCAGCUAUUACCAGCAAUGGUGGGGCUAUUUGCCUAUAAAGCUGCUGCUCUGGUUCAAGUUUACAGGGACAAUAAAGAUCUGGAACUCAUUUUUCCGGAUGAUGGAGAAGGAUCAAGCGACUGA